AUGAAACGGGCGAAUCGCAGAUCGAAGGAGUCAAGCCCAAUCGACGAUGCUUCAGCUUCCGCCGAGAAGGAAAAGCAAAUGUACGAGGAGAGGAUCCGCGAGCUCGAGCGAGAGAAUAAAGCGUAUCAGAUGGAAAUUGCGGAACUGAAGCAGAAACAGGGAAAUUAUUCAGCUGCGACGAAUGGAGUUGAGAAGCUUAAGAAGCAUUAUCUUCAAAAGCUGAACCUACUUGAAGAGCAGGUAACUGAGUUGCAGAGUAAGUUAGCUUCUCGGUCUCAAUUUUCAACUCAAAGGAAAAGAGUGGAUGAGUCAAGUAGGCAGUUCCAAUUUGAGAUUCAAAGUUUAAAGGCUCAGAAGGUUCAACUGCAAUGUAAGAUGAAGCUAGACUCUGUGCAAUUUAGAAUAUGCAAAGCUAUGCUAGAAAAAGAAAUUUUGCAGCUUAAGAAAGAGAGGAGAACAUAUGAUAUCAAGGUUCAAAAUUUGCUGGCUUCAAAUGACAGACUUAAAAUGGUGUUGCAACGGAAGACAGAAGCUGCUUUUACUGCUACCAAUCGUCUAAGAGAAAUGAUUGAAGCUCGAAAAGUUAUAUCAAAUAGAUCAGCUGGUGCUAGAAAGAGGAAUAGUCAAGCAAUUCAUGCAGUUAGUUUUCUUGGCACUUGCUCGUGGUUCUUUAUAGAAUAUCUGGAUGUGACUAAAUGCUAUAUGGUUGCUGAGCAUGAACUUGAAGUUACAACUAGGUUACACAAGUUAUGUUCUCAGUACGAAUCCCGAAUCGAAAAAAUGGCUGCAGAAAUUGGAAGGCUGAAAGAAGAAAUCGAGAUGCAAAGAAAUGAAAAUUUAAGGUCUGAAUUCCAGGUUGAAGAGACUGACAGCUUUGAGAAAGAGGUUGAUAUCCAAGAUUUAAAGGAACAAAUGAAUGGUCUUGGUUGUCUGCUCAGAGAAUUAAAAUUGCAGAAGGAGAUGCUUGAUUCCAAGGAUAAAAAGCAGGUUCUAGAUCAGCCUCUUUUCACUGAUGAGAGCAACCGAAAGCUACUGAUGAAAAUGGAAACCCCGGAAACAAAUAGUUCAAGUGACAGUAAUGCCAACGGGGAGAGAACAGAUGAAGGAGUUUGCUGCACGUGCAGCAAGAGAUCCCUAUGCAAGACUACAAAAUGCAAAUGUCGAUCCAUCGGUGGUAGCUGCGGACCAUCAUGCGGCUGCAAACUUUUCAAGUGUACAAAUAGGGAAUCGAACCAAAUAGAAGAAGAAACUGAAGCAAUAAUAUCAGAAAGCAUGGAGUGCAACAUGAAAAUGAAUAAUUCAGCUGUGUUUGAGCAUGGAAACAUAAUUGCUUCUGAAUGCGCUAAAUUGCUUCAGAGUGCACUUAUUCAAAAACCUGCUAGCUACAGAGACAACCCAGGACCAAUAAAGAAGCCAUUAUCUGACAUUCAAAACUCGCUGGGCCAAUUGGACAAUCAAAAACCAGGCAAGAAAAAGACUGUGCGGAAGCCCAUAAUUCAGUUGGUUACCAACAAUCCAAUGUCCACGUCCCCAGAAAAUAUAAGCAGCAACAGCACUGAACAGAGUAGUUCUAUUCAGUCCAAUGAAUUGGCAACAUCAGUUGAUGAUGCACUUGUUACCCGUCCUUCAAGAAAUCCACCACGGCGCGCCAAAUCUGUGGUCGGGAAAGAGAACUACCUCACUUAA